GGCAGCGGGAGCUUGAAGCGCUGAGGGGAGCGCGGCACGGAAGGGCGGCUCCGCCGGUGCUUUCCUUCCUCGCCCCGGUCCCGGGGGGUUUGUGCUCCCCAGGGGGACUCCCUUCGCUACUCAGCCCUGCACGUCGGCGCUGUGGCUGCGUUGUUGGGGUGUAGCACCUCAGAACGAGCUCCACGGGUCUGUGGCUGUGCUUAUGGCUGCCCAGCAUUCAUCCUGCUUCUCUGCGGGUGGAGAACUAGCAAGGCAAAAGUUUCAGUGUUAAUAGUGUUGUGUUAAAAGUAUUUAGCGUUAAUAGAGCCUUUUGUUGUUGAGACAGUAAAAGGAGUGAGUGCCUUUAUAUAACGUAGCUAUAAGCAGGAAAACUGAGGACGUAGUUACAGACGUACUCAAAGUGCAGAAGUCAAGAUUUUAUUCUUGAGAGGCUUCUGUUUCAAAGCCCGUAAUUGCAAUUUGCAGCAGAGACAGCUGUUCAUCUCGAGAUGGAAGAGUCAGUGCUGGAUAAAUUGCCAUCCUUGUGCAACACUCCAAAGGAUUCUGGGGCACCACCUGCACAGGGGACUAGUUCAGGGAAACAGCAAAUGAGUGCAGCUCUGAGGGAGAGAUUAAGGAAAACAAGGCGUUCAUUUAAUGCCAGUUUUACAGUGGCAAAGCGGCUCAAAAUAGAUUCUGAAGAAAAAGACACUGCUGGUGCUGCCACAGGGUGCUUGCCAGAGACACGGACAGACUGCUCCAGGUUACAAGAUGGUGCUGGAAACCUGGAAGGAAAUGGCACUGAACAUACAUGUUUCAAAAGUCCCUCACAGGAGAGUGAUCCCAGUGGAUCAGCACAGAAUUCGGAUGUGCUGCAGGUUGAUCUUGGUCAGCAGCAGUCCCUUGAAGAGAAAGUAAAGCUGGAGAAACAAGUGCAAGAGAAGGAAGAGCUGCUUCGUAGGCUCAAAAUGGUGAAGAUGUAUCGAUCCAAGAACAACCUGUCUGAGCUGCAGGCUUUGAUAGUGAAGUGGAGGAGCAGCACCCAGCUGAUGCUGUAUGAGCUGCAGUCGGCCUUUUCUGCAGAUGGCAGCAAAGUGAGUCUCACUCAGCUCAUCGACACUUUUGGGUUAGAAGACCAGUUACUGCACUACAGCAGAACAGAAGAAGAUUUUGUAGAUGCAUAACCUACAGCUGCAGAGAGCUUUCUUUGCACAGACAGAAGAGUAGACAAUAAAUUCUGAAUAAAUUCUGAUUGUGUCAGAAGUGUUGGUCAGACAAUGGACUUUAUGCUUUGGUGUUAGGAGGUUUUCUCCAGACAUACUUGUGAAGCUGUGUGCAUACAUACAGUAGGCACUGUAAAAGACAUUACUUAAUGGAAAAAAAAUCAAACUGGUGAUGUUUUGGAGAAUCUGGCUUAAGGACUUGGUCAGUGAAUUUUUAUUUAAUAAAAAUAAAAUGAAGUCAUUGUUUUAUGGGUAGAAAGCAGUCAAUUUUUUUAUUAGUGUCUGCAUGGUUACUUGUAUGGAAAUAACUCAAAUUGUCAAUUCUGUUUAUGUUCAGAUGGGGAAGAGUUCAGUUUGUUUAUAGAUACACUCAUUUUACACAUGUCUUCCUGGUGCCAGUCAGCCAGUGAAGGCUAAUGAUAGCAGUUUGUGAGUUAAGUGAAGAUAACUAAUUUUCAUUAUGGUAAUAUUCCAGAGCUGAGAUAAGAUGUUUUCACUAGCUUUAGCUCCUACUGAGGGAAAUGUGUCAUAAUGCAGUUGCUUUCAGGUCCUGGUGCAGACAGUCUCUUCAGAGCUGCUGUCUCAUAAGCAUUCUGCUACAGCCUGAGGUAAUAGAAGGGAAGGCAAGAAAAUUGAAACCAACUUUCUAUUCUACUAUAUCUGAGAGCCAAGGUGUUUUCUCUCUUCAAAUAAAUAAGAAAAACAAGGCCUUGUUUAAUGGGAUUGCUUCAAACACAGCAUCAUAAAGCUGAAUAAAUCUUUACAAUUUCAUUUA